AUGUUAAAGAACUUUCGCCUUUCAACGUCUGGGUUGACGCUGCGCGACAAGCUUCUCUCCCAGCCAGUCCGAUCAAAUAUGCGCACCCGGAUACUUGCUCCGCCAACAGCCCGUCAAUUCAGUCGAACUUACGGACUUCUCAAGGAGUGGAAAGGAUCAGGAUCUACAGAUUCCAAUGUCAAGCGAGCUAAACAGGGUGAUACCAAUGACCCUCCAUCUGAUGCAGCAGCCUCCGCGUUCAAGGAACGAGAAGCAAGCUCAGGUCUUAACGACGACACCAAACAGCAGGGAACUACCGAGCGAGGCGGGCGCAAACACGCACAGAAGGCUAAGCAAGAGCAUCCUGCUGCCCCGGAACCGAUUAUUGGGAUGAAUGACGAGCGCGCGGGGAAGGGUGAUUGA